ACGUACCAAUGCAUAUUGUGUCAUUUUCUGGCACACAAAUAUUAUUCAAUUCGUCACGCGUGGCUGUCAAAUUUCGCUUGGAGAGUUGGAUAUUCACAUACCUGACAAAUCAAACCAAUAUAAACCUGCCUCUAAAUUUUCUGAGGAAACUUCGUGGAAGCUCACUCAUGGCUUCUGCACUCUCCACCCAUAUAUAUCUCUCAUUUCUUCUUCUUCAUUUCACCCUCAAACGCUUAUCUCAUUUUCACCAUGAAACUCAUCAAAAAUCUUCCCAAAAAGCUCUUGAUGAGAAAGAAAUCUCGCUCCAUUCCUGGAUUCGAAUCUGACCCUGCUUCCUUCAGUUCCUCGGAUGAUUCUCAAACAGGGUUCAGAAACCCUACAAACGGGUCAGCCACGCCCACAAGCGUUCUACCUGCCGAUGAAUGGUCGGACUUCGAGUUGAAACGAGCGUUUGAAUUAAUAGAUAGGGACGGUGACGGGAAGAUAAAGAAGGAGGAGCUGGAGGCGUUAUUGAUCCGGGUCGGAGCCCAGCCACCGAGUCAGGAGGAGCUGAGACUGAUGUUGAGCGAGAUGGAUGUAGACAGUGAUGGGUGUAUUAGUAUGGAAGAGUUUUACGAUAUCGGCUCGGCUUUUGGGCCUCCGGCUUGCGACGACGAGCUUAAGGAAACGUUCGACUUCUUCGACUCCGAUCGUGACGGAAAGAUAACCGCGGAGGAGCUUUAUAACGUAUUUAGAACAAUUGGUGACGGACGUUGCACGUUAGAUGACUGCCAGCGAAUGAUAAAAGGUGUUGAUAAGAAUAGAGAUGGGUUUGUCUGCUUCGAGGACUUCACUCGUAUGAUGGAGCCUCAACGAUAAUUUUUUUUUUUUUUUUUAAUCCAUUGAGGUGAAUCAAUUCAGGAUUGGUCCAUCUCACUUAAGUUGUUUGAAUCUACCUCAUAUAAAUCAGACAUUUGUGAUGUUGAAUAUCAUUUGGGCUUGGGCAUAUCAUAAUUCGGAUCAUAAUUUCUUGUAUUUAAUUAAAUUUGUAAUUUAACGAUCAUAAUGUUGUCAAUUUAAAUA